AUGACGAGUAGCGAUAUCCUAUUCCCCGCCAACUGGCCGCUCUUGGCUUGCGCUGCGGCUGCCGUCGUUGCACCGCUCACCUACCUCAAGCUCAAUGACUCUCGCAUCAAGAGCAUACCCGAGCGCGCCUUGCAGUUCUCCCCCAAGCGUCUGACGCCCGAAGAUGUGCCGCGCUUGGAGAAGGAACUUGCGGCAAGGGGCGCUUCCAUCGAGGAUCAACUUCCCCCGAAGACUGGGAGGAGGUACAUAAUCGUUGGCGGGGCAGGAUUUCUGGGCGGCUGGCUUGUGCUUCAUCUGCUUAGGCGAGGGGAAGACCCAAAGAAUAUCCGCGUAAUUGACAUCCGUUUACCGGAUCGACCUGAUAUGCAAGGCGACGCGGUGAAGGACGUCACCUUCCUGCAAGUCGACAUCACCGACAAAGACGCAGUCGACCAUGCCUUCGACCUCCCGUGGCCAAAUGGCGGCAGUUCUGGCUUGACUGUGUUCAACACGGCCGCCAAUAUUCUCUUCUUCGAGCGGGACGAGAGGCUACUACAUCGCUCUACGCGCAUCAAUGUCGAUGGCAUGCAGAACGUCCUUGACGCGUCCCGACGCGUCGGAGCGAGCAUAUUCAUCCAAACUUCCUCCGGUUCCGUUGCGGUGCAUAGCUCACGCUACCUCCUCUGGCCCUGGGAACGCGAGUCCAAGUACUUCGUUCAAGUUGUCAAUGAAGAUCCCUCGCUGAUCCCAAAACGCCAUGUCGACCACUUCUCCAACUAUGCCGCAUCCAAGUAUAUAUGCGAACGCCGCGUUCUCGCUGCCGACAAGUCGCCCUCGGGUGCUGGCGGCACGCUACGCACGGGUGCUCUACGACCAGGCAAUGGCAUCUUCGGUCCCGGCGGGGACGCAGUAUGCGGAGCAUACCUCGCGCGCGGGACGAACCCAACUUGGAUCCUCACUACCCUGCAGUCGUUCAUCUACGUCGAGAACUGCUCGCUCGCGCACCUGCUCUACGAGCAGCGCCUCCUCGCGCGCGAAGCCGGGGACGAGUCUUGCCCCGACAUCGGCGGGCAGGCCUUCGCGAUCACGGAUCCGGGCCCGCCGCAGACAUACGGCGACGUCGCGGUCGCACUGACGACGCUGAGCGGCGGGAAGUGCACGUUCCCGCAGGUCUCGCCGACGCUCAUGCUCUGCCUCGCCUACAUCGUCGAGGCGAUCUACGUGACGCGCCAUCGGCUGCUGAUGGGCGGGUGGAGGAGGUUGGCGCGCCUGCUGCCAGAUAUUCGGGGCGAUGUAACCUCGCUUCAGCCCUCGCUGUGGAACCUCGUUGGCCCGCACCUUAUAUUCGACGACUCACGAGCGAGGCUGCCGCCCGAGCAGGGUGGGCUGGGCUACCGUGGCGUGUGGACGACAUUGGAGGGCGUGAUCCGGACGCACCAGGCGUUCGCGGCGGGCUUGAUCUCGUCGCAGGUGCGGUCAUACGACGCGGCUCCGGCAGCCGCGGUCGUGGACCAGGUCAAAGCAACUACGGGAAUUGACGUUAUGCCUGUUCUGCAAGAGUAG